AUGAGGAUUUGUUCUUUAUCGAAAGGGAUGGUGACAUGGAGACAAUUAUUGAGAGGUCUGUUAAUCGAUGGCGGGUUUGCUUUACCUAGAAGUAUUGUUGGCUUUAGCAAUAUGAGGGAUCCACCUCUUGUCUUAUUGAUUAAAACAUAUUCUUUGCAAAGUUUGGAGAUUUUGAUUCUUUCGAAUAAUUUGUUGAGGCGGGUUCCUCCGAGUAUUGGGAAUUUGAGGAAGCUUCGCGUGCUCGAUUUGGAGGAGAAUCGCUUGGAGACGCUGCCGAAUGAUAUUGGGUGUCUGCACGAAUUAAAAAAAUUAAUCGUGCAAUCGAAUCAAUUGACGUCGUUGCCGCGGGCAAUCGGGCAUUUAUCGAGUUUGAUCUUUUUAAGCGCCGGGGAAAAUAAUUUGGGGUAUUUACCCGAAGAAAUCGGGACGUUGGAAAACUUAGAGUCGCUCUACAUCAACGACAACCCCUCAUUACACAAUUUACCAUUCGAAUUAGCACUGUGUUCGAACCUCCAAAUAAUGAGCAUCGAAAAUUGUCCUUUAUCCCAAAUUCCCGGGGAAAUCGUAGCGGGGGGGCCCUCAUUAGUUAUUCAGUAUUUAAAAAUGCAAGGUCCUUAUCGUGCCAUGUGAUGUAACGAGUAAUGUUUUUGUUUAAAUUGUAAAUUUUAAGUAUUAUUUUUUAUGGUUCACUUAAUAGCUCUCUCAAUCGCCAAAAAAAAAUUAUUAAAAAAUUAAUUUGUUAUAAA